AUGGCCUCCGAAACUUCUAAAAAGCCCUUCGCUGUUGACGUCUCGCGGGCCUCGAUGGAGUCGCCCCCUGGCAUUGCGGCUUUGUUCGUCAUCCGCUUCGACAUUAGGACUGGGGAGGGGCAUGUCGCUGAUACGCGUGUGAUGCGCAGAUAUGUAGUAUCGUGGGAAAAGACCGCACCGGGUGUUGAGGUUGAAGGGGUGGUGGAAUACAAAUCGCUUCCCUCCGGACUGCACAAUGUACAUGAGGACUUGGUGUACUUCGUCCACGAAGAGUAUGCUGGUAUCAGCGCGUUCCUCAACCAACCCGCCGAAGAGGCGGAGCGCAAUGCAAAGAUGUUCGCGAUUGGGGUCUUGGUCCCUCUCAGCUCAGGGAGACUUGGAAAGAGCUGGAGACAUGCCCCAAGGUUGAAGGAGUUGACACAAAAAUAUGCGGCGGAUAUGUCUGAUCUACAACCAUUGUCCGAUUACUGGGACUCCUUCCGGAUUGGAGGUCCCGAUUCUUCUGCGCCAGAUUCGCCGAUUGACUCGCCCCUCAGCCUUCGAUUCCGUCCAGGUGACAGACCAGAUGCACUCCGAAACCGCGUCUUCAGCGAUGCGAUGGUGUUGGAAACGUCCAGGCCGGCCCUGACACCUUUUCACCCUGCCUCAUCUCUUCCCGACUUUAUCGAAUCUUUCGGUCCCUUGAUAUUCCCCCUAUACAGAGCUGCGCUGUUACGCAAGCGAAUCCUCAUCAUGGCUGAAGCACCAGUGCACACGCCAUUCUAUGACCUGUCCUUGCUGGCAUCUCUCCCAAAUUCUUUACUACAAGUCCUCCCUCCCGACUGCAUCCCGCCACUGCGUCCCCGCCCCAUGUUCAACGUCGGCAUUCACGAUAUCCCCGAUCUUGCUCUGGAUCCGUUGCGGGAUACCGUGGACCCCGAAAAGCAUUCUAGUUGGAUUGCUUGCUCAACGGAUAGUGUCCUGAGCAUGAAGCCUGACCUUUACGAUGCCCUCGUCACCCUCCCGUCACCAUAUUCUCAACAUGCCAAUGAACGUGUCUUCCCCAAAAUCAGCCUAGUAGACCGCUCAAGUACGAAACAUAACGCCAAUCAAACGAUUCAAUUGAAAGCGACACAACGUGAUGCCCGUCGAUAUGGUAUGAUUCGCAGAGGGCUACGACAAUUGUUCAGCGACCGCUCAACCUCCCCAGACACAGACGAAUCCGACGCAGACUCGACGUACUCGUCUAGCACUGUCGUGGAGCCACUUUCCUGGACUCGUCUCGCCUAUACCUCUUUCAUCUGGUGGGCGUCGGCCGGUGAAAACCGGGACGGCCUAUCCGAAGAAGAGGAAGAACAGCAGAUCGAACAAGACGCCCGACUUCUGGCAAGCGUGGAAAGUCUUGCAUACCAUGCGCCGAGCAGAGGUCGUCAUUCACUUAAUUCCGAUGACCAUGGCCAGGAGCCCCCGGAAAUUGCGCUGGUCGCGUACUUCCGCCGUCUCACCUCGCAGAUCUUUUACACUCUCGCAGGGGCCAUUGCGCGGCAUGAUAGUGACGGCCGAGGCGAAGAGGACUCGGUUGAUUGUUACACCGACGCACCGUACCUCGACGACAUGGCAAAUGACGAUCCGGACUUGUCACUUUCCAUGUCACGGCAAUCGAUCAAUGGCGAUGAUGGAAAUACGCCGCUCCUCCGGCAAAGAUCGCAGGCGAAUCACACCAACCGCAGAUCAGUACAGGAAAAUCCUGACGCGGAUGAAGAUGAACCCGUCACCAUUACAAUCGCUGACAUGGCGGAGAUGGGACUCGACGUGUGGAGCGCCACAGAUCGGGUCUUUGUCGAGGAGCUCGUCUCUUUAUGGUGGGGACGCUCCGCGCAUGUCGAUAGCGCACGCAUCCGGUGCUGCGGUAUUUCAAUCUUGUAG